AUGACGGGGGGUUAUCCUGGCGAUCAGGCUGAGUACUGUCGUGUGCCCAACGCUGACCUCACUUGCGUCAAGGCCCCCAAGGACAUAGAAGCCAGUAAGCUCGUUAGCCUCGCUGACGUGACUCCUACCGCCUGGCAUGGCAAUGAACUGGCCGAGCGUCUGGCGAAGCUGCGUGCAGCCAGCAAGGUCUAUGCCAUUGACAAAGACGAGCACCGCCUCGAUAUCGCCAAGUCGAUGGGUAUGAUUCCCAUCAACGUUAAGGAUCACUCUGAUCCCGCUGACUACAUCCUGUCCAUUGAGCCGUACGGGCUGGACCGCGGCAUUGAGGCGAGUGGCUUCAGGAGCACCAAUUCAGCUGCCCAUGCUACUAUGAGAGCUUUGGGAGUCGAGGGGGACAGCUCUGACACGGUGAGCGCGGCAAUCAAGGCGAUGCCUAAGGGAGGCAAUGUCGCGUUGAUCGGGGAUUUUUUCUACAAUACCAACAACUUCCCCAUUGGAAUGCUGAUGGAAAAGGGCAUCACCUUGCGUGGAGGACAGCUUUACGCUCAGAAGUACUUCCCCCUUCUUCUGGGCCUUGUCGUCGAAGGGAAAUACGAUCCGUCUUUCAUGUUUACCCAUCACGAUAAGUUCGAGAACAUCUCCAAGAACUAUGAUGCCUUCUUUAGUCAUAAAACUCCCGGCGGAUUGAAGGUUUGUCUCUCAACUGCCUUUGGACGUGAACAGGGUAGAGGUUCAGUUUGA